CAACCUUUAUGGUUCACACGUUUACGCAGGCAAUCAUUGGUUACAUUUCAUGUGCGAGGCCCUUAAGUUGUUUACACUUUGCAUACAUGACAGAAUGAAUGACGCACGUGGUAUAGAAUUUUUGUGGGAAAAUCCCAUAAAUCAUCCACAAUGUCCUCAUGGACCAACAUUGCUACUUGGAAGAUAUGUUAAAAAUGAACUAAAGAGAUUUUAUGUGUGCUCCGCUUGUCGUGACAGAAAAUUGUGCAGAUUCUACUUGAAAUAUGGGCAAGAAUUGUCAAAAUCUCAAAAGCAUAUGUGGGAGUUGGAAAGUAAGAAGUACACACAGCGUUACGUUCACCGAGAAUUAUAUAUUCGUUUUAACAAGCUUAAGAUGGAACCUGUGGAGAACAGAUGUUAUUGCCACAAUUGUGAGAAAUUAAUAUUUAAAUUUGAAAAAGAUAAGCAUACGGAUCACGAGGUUACGGAGAAUUUAACCGAUUAUCAGUUGCAUCAUCCAACAGAGCUUUUAAAACCUUUAGAAAAUGCUAAGAAAGAAGCGCAGUAUUUAUUUUCAAAGAAAUCUACAGAAAAUAUAAUAAAUAUGCUUUCGAAACUUGGAGCUAAGCAGAUUCUUUGUAUUGGCACACCAAGAAUACAUGAAUACAUAAUCGAACAUUAUACAGAUAGGAUAUCAUCUCUCCUUUUAGAUUUUGACGGAAGAUUUCAUAAUUUUUUUGGACCGCUGGAGUUUUGCUGGUACAAUCUUUUUAAUCAUCAUUUCUUUAACAAAUACGCUGUUACUGUGCUCAAAGUUUUUCUUACUCAGAAUGAGGGAAGGGACACGUACUUAAUAUGCGAUCCUCCAUUUGGUGGCCGCUUGGAACCCAUAUCAUACACAAUAAAAACAAUAUCUGACCUGCAUAGAACAUUAAACAGACGUUUUUAUAAUGAUAAUGACAACUUUUUUUUGAAAGUCAUGUUUAUAUUCCCAUAUUUUAUGGAGCACAUAAUGAGAGAAAAGAGCAACCCAGUACAUGAGACUGGUGGUCUGAGAAAUUUAAAUAUGUCCGAUUAUAAAGUGGAUUAUGAUAAUCAUCCCUUAUUUAUAUCAGAAAAACAUGGUAGAAAGCAGGGCUCUCCAGUGAGAAUUUUCACGAAUAUACCAUUGAAUCUACUGGAGCUUCCUUCGUCUGAUGGGUAUAAAUUUUGUCAAGAUUGUGAAAAAUGGGUUUCUGGCGAGAACAAGCAUUGCAAGAAAUGUAAAGAAUGUACCUCUAAAGAUGGUCAAACGUACAAACACUGUGAUAUAUGCAAACGAUGCGUGAAGCCUACUUGGAAACAUUGUCAAAUUUGCAAAAGAUGUAUAUUAGAAAAACAUACAUGUGGUCCAAUACCGAAUAUUGUCGGAAGGUGUUUUAACUGUGAUAAAUUAGGUCACACUAAGAAGGAAUGUCUUAAUUUAUUUUCUACUGAAGUCAGAAUUGAAACAGAUAUGAAGAAACGCAAAGCAGAUUGUAAACUAAAAACAACUUUGGUUAAGAAAAACAAAACUGGACAUUCUAAGAAAGUUCUUAAACGAAAUGUUAUAAUUAAUAAAAGGAAGACAUAAAAUUAAGAAAGAAUAAGAAUUAAAAAAAUAAGAAACCUCAAUGAAAUGAAGCUAGCAUAAAUGUGUUUAUAUAAUAUUACAGUGUAAUUAUAUGUGAAUACAAUUGGUGUAAAUAUUAUUAGAUUCAUAAAAAAUUCAGAAGU